AUGGACCACAGGAGGAUGGAGCCCUUCUCUUCCUGUGUGAUGUUGAUCAUGGCCAUUUCCAAAGCCUUUGAACUGGAAUUAGUUACUGGUUUGGGCUACCAUGAAUUUGCACGUCCCUCUCAGGGAGACAUGGCCUUAAGAAAUGACAGUAUUCUGUCACCGGAGGACAGGUCAUCUGCCAUUCAUCAGUGGCCUUUCCAGUUUGUGCUGUCCAUAGGAAUCCAGACACUCAGUUGCCACUGCUCUCUGAAUGGAGGAGCCUACAUGCUUUGGUCCAUCUGUGCCUGCCCUUCCUCUAUCUAUGGCCGGGACUGUGAGCAUGAUUUGCAUAAAGAGAACUGUGAGUCUGUGCCCAAUGACAUCUGGCUGACCAAGAAAUGUUCCACGUGUAAAUGCUGGCCUGGGCAGUUUCACUGCUUCCCUCAGACAUUUCCACCAGGGUGUGAUGGCCACACGAUGGAUGAGCACUUCCUGGUUUCCAGGACUCCAGAAUUAACACUGUCUUCGCCAACUUUUUUGCUAGCUGGCAUCUGCCUUGCUGUGCAGAGUUACUACUAA